GCUCAACACUGUCUGCGCUGCAUUACACUGGCUUGUAUUUAAAAUGGGAAAUAAAAGCUCAAGGGGGCAUGGUCAGGUUCACAUUCAACCAUGGCGUUUAAGAGGAUACGGGUCACAUUUGUUACUCGUCCUGUUGUGAAGUAAAAGUGUCAAGCAGAGUGGAUAAUUUCUGAUCUUACUGUGAAGGGGAAAUGGCAAAAGGACAGAGCCAGGGUUGCUCCGAGCAUUUUCUGGUGAUGUUCAGCUGAGAGCAUGAAAACAACAGCAGGCAUGCACUUUAUAAUGAGGCCAGGGAACACAACCUGUAUAUUCUGUCUAAUAAAUAAACUGGAAACGCUGAGCUUUCGUGCACAUAAAUUGCUUUCAAAUAGAAGAAAAUUAGAAGUGAGCCAGAUUCUAAAGGUUUUGUUUUCAAGGAAAUCAUAGCAAACCAAUGCAGUGUAGUGGUUUCAAUCUUGGACUAUGACUCUGGAGAAAAGGGUUCAAAUCUUGAGCAAGUCACAUUCAGCCUCAGAGGAAGGCUAAGGCAGACCCUCUCUGAAUAAAUCUUGCCAAGGAAAACUAUGUGAUAGGAUCUCCUUGGGGUCACCCUAAGUCAGAAACAACUUUGAAGGCACACAACUACCACAACAAGGGAAACAGUUACAUUUUGGCAGGAAACAGAAAAUAACACAAAACAAUUUCAACAAAUAUUGAGUAUAGCUAGCUUGGCUACUUGGGGUUCCCAGUAAGUGAGGUGCUAUCCAACAAGCUGUUAUCCCUCUUCACUCUGUCUCCUGAGGAAACUGCCAUAUUUCUUUACUAUAACAUUGGAUUAAAUGUGUGGAAAUAUCAUUUGGAUCUAUGGCACAGCAUUGACAAAUAUUCCAGGCCAUCUGGGCCUGUGCAUAUGUCACACUGCUAAGAGUCUCAAACAUACAAGGCCUAAAUCGUCCCAAAUUAGCACAUUCUGUAGUGCACUAUUAGUUUAAGUAAUUAUUAUAAAGGUACCUUACAUAAAAUCAUGGCACCCAAACAGUGCUAGAUCUUUUUAUGUAUGCAACCAAAAGAAGUUUACAUAAAAGUUCAAGUUCUUUAAUGAAAUAUUAUUCCCACUGGUGGAAAAAAAUUACUGAAAUAAAAAUCCAAGUUUCUGACUCCCACAAUUAAAGGAAGGAAAAAUUUUCCUCACAAACAAUCUGGUCAAUUCCACCUCAAGUCCUCAAGAUCCAGCUUUGCUUGUGACAAUAAAGCAUCUACAGGAUGAGGAAGUUGGUUUCUACCUGGAAGGACUUCUCAGACCAUGACAUAGUGCACUUCAUUACAAGACCACAGAUCAUUGCACGAAUACUGGCAGCGGUGUUCUCUCUGAUUAUAUUUGCUUCUUUGGUGAAUGAAGGAUAUCAGAACUUGACAACCUCUUCCCAGUUACACUGCAUUUUGAAUGAUAAUGGGGCAGCCUGCUGCUAUGGCAUCACAGUCGGUGUACUCUCCUUUCUCCAAUGCCUCCUCUUUUUGGGCUUCGACAUCUAUGAGACUUCCAUUACUAAUCACGGGUUCAAGUAUGCCAUCCUUGUACUGGAUGUCACCUUCUCUGUCAUCUGGACAUGCCUGUGGUUUGUUGGGUUCUGUUUUCUGGCCAAUCAGUGGAAUAGGUCAACCCAUUCCUACCUACUGGGAAACAGUGCUGCACGAGCUAGCAUCACCUUCGCUCUCCUUUCUGUUCCAUGCUGGGUAUACCUGGCCUAUCUGGCUCUGAAAAACCUGUGGGCUGAGCCACCUGUUCCUUACAAGCGGACUCUGGAUGAAGGGUCUGUUGCCUUGACCACCCUUUCUUCAUCCACUACUACCUCCCUUCCCAAUAAUAUGGGGUACCCUGAGAAUAUGGGUACAGCCUCCUAUCCAUCCACUCCUGUACCCCAUCGCUUGACAUUAAUGAAUACUGAUGACUAAGUAAUUGUUUACUGCUGAAAUAAAUAAAGGAAGGAGAGAAUCUGAC